AUGGAAUUGUAUGAAACAGCCUAUCAAAUACAAGCAACUAAAGAGAAAGAAUCGAAAAAGAAUGGCGAUGAGCAGCAGCCGGAGAAAGGGGACGGAGAAGACGAUGAGGAGGCGGCGGAAAGCAAUGCUGACGGGGAAAGUUCGUCGAGUGAAAGUGAUUAUGAUCCGUCGAAUGAGGAUCGUGAUCUGUUCAUUGCCCAAUUGCAUAAGUUUCAUGAAGAGCGAGCUUCUCCUAUUAAUCGGCCGCCGGUUCUUGGCGGGAAAGACAUUGACUUAUACCAUCUUUAUCGACUGGUCCAAAGUCGCGGCGGAGCUCGAAAAGUGACGGCGAACAGUAAAUGGGGUGCCCUCCUUAAAAAGCUCAAGCUCAACGGGUGUCCUGGAGCGAAUGCAGCGACACUCAAGAAAGCGUAUGUGCGGUAUUUGGAGCCGUACGCGAAAUUCGAGGCGGAUCUUGGAUGGUCGAUCGACGGAAAAGCGACCGAAACAUCCUCUGGCAGCCGUAGCGAACGGGUAGUUCCGAAACCAGGAUCAUUGCGAGAAUUUGAGAGAAAGUUUAAACGGAAAAACGAGACCAAAGUCGGACGGCGGGCUAAAGACAUUGACGAGACGAAAAGCUUGAGGGGCUCUAAGGAAGGUAGUCGGGAUCCUACCGCUAGGGAUUAUCGGAGUCAAUCGCCGACAGAUUGGGCGUUGAAGCGAUUGUCGGACUCGUCGAAUCUGUCGGUUAUACGUGAAGAAGCGCGAUCUGUGAUUGAAGAAGCUCGGAAGAGGAUUAAUCAGUGUCGACGCGAGGAUUCUGUUGGUCCUUCACGUCGAUUCUCGAUGUGCAAAGAUGCGCUUUUACGGAAGGAUGCGCGGUUGGCACGGGAUAAGCGAUCACAAUCAGUGUUAUACAGUGCUGAUGAUUUUAAACGGGAACUUUUACGGUCGGCCGAUUCUGGAGAAGACACGGACGAUGCGCGGAAGCGCAAAGAAAAGAAACGAAUGACGAAAAAGGCGGAACGGAAGCAUGUGAUGAGCUCGAGCAGUGAUCAGAGUGGCGAUAAAAAGGAUCCCGAUGAGGGAUUCCAAUUAUCGAAUAUAAUUUCGCAUUUUUACAUGGGCCAGAAGGUACGUGCUCAUCAUCAGGAUCAUUGGUACGACGCCCGGGUUGUUGAGAUUCAUCAACCGAAGUCGAUUGAUAUCUUAGAGCAGCUGAAGAAGGGUGACAAUCCCGAAGCGCUUACCGAUGAAGCCGUUACGGAACUGAAUCGGCUCUCGAAAACAUUGAAAUGUUUUGUGCACUAUCUCGGCUGGAAUUCGAGGUAUGACGAAUGGAUAUCGCUCGCGAAAUUGAAAAUCCACGAGAAGGAUCAGCACAAUUCGAGAAAUAUGAUUCGAGAUCUGCCCGGCGGCAAAUACUUGACGAAACAUCGAUUCGCGUUGGCUGAGACGUGUUGUCCUGGUGUUGGAACUGAUUUGAAGUUUGAACAGGUCUUAGAAAACGUUGAGGAAACGUUUACACGGCAUCCGUUGGAAGAAACGCCGCCGAAAACUAGUCCACCUGCAUCAGUAAUGUCGCCAAACUCGAAUAAUGCACCGAAUGAGGUUCCGAUUGAGGCUCCUUCAAUUUCACGACCUGGCAUCGGAAUUUCAUUUUCGACCUUCAUGUCUCAAGUGGCAUCUGGAAAAGACUCAAACCUGACUGUUCGCGACUUUGCGGCCGCUGCUGUCGGAUUGGAAGCGAGAGCGCGUGGUUCGCGAAUGCUUUUGAGUCCACCUGGAGGUCGAACCCAAAAGACUCUUCUUCAUCAAGUAUCAUCUGAAGCUGGACUUCAAGCUCUUCGAUCUGAUCCGAUGACUCGUUAUGAUGCCGAGAAGAAAGGAGCUGCGCCGUCGGUCGUCUCGCCACCUUUGAUCUUUCCAACAUCCAUGACGAUUAUUCCGAUUCCACAAGAGUCGACGACUACUCAAACUGAAGAGGAAGAGGUGAAAACAGAAGAUGAAAAGGAGACAAUCGUUCCAUCGACGUCUUCUGAUGAGCCGAGAGGCUCCAUUUCACCGGAACGUCCCGAUGAGAUUCUUGAUUAUGACGACAAGCCGAAUAUCGAGAACGAGGAUACUGCGAAAAUAACUCCUCAAAAGGGUUACAUCAGAGACUACGAGACACUGAGGAAAAGUGCGCGGAAGUCGACGAUUGCCUCAUCGACAGCAUCGAUCAACGCGCAGAAAAUGUCAAUGGAAAUGCAAUCUGGUCCAUUGAAUAUGUCGCCGGCCAAGUUUGAAAUGCUGAAUAAUGAGAUAUCGCAGUUCAGUAAAGAGAAGAGUCCGAGGGCUGGAAGCGAGUAUGGAAUGUCACCGAAAACUGAUAAUGAAGGUGUCCACGAAAAUGGUUCAUUGCCCGACGAGGAAAGAAAAGAGUCGAGCUGUUCGCCGUCAAUGGCAACACCAGAAGGAACGGGUCCGGCUGGCCGCAUUGGACGCGGCGCACAUUUGGCAGCGUUGCGAGGAAGUGGGAAACGGAAGAGAGCGGCUCGCCACUCUCAAAUGGUAAUUGACAGAAAGUAUCAGCGCGCCAGUGCGGUGAAGAAGCAGCAACAACAUCAGCAACAAAACCAGCAACAGCAGCCGAAUAACACUGAAAUUGAAGAUAAUGAUGGUGAAGAUGAUGAAUCGAAUCCCAUUCCCAAGAUUGACACCUUUCAUCAGAUGAAGGUCCGCAUGCACAAACUCAUGGAGCAUGAGAACUCGCUGAACGACUUCACUCUUUUGGAAUUGUCAGAUUUCCAAGAACUUCUCGAAAACACCCCAGAUGAAAAAUUGAGCGAAGCGCUCGAGAAUCGAGCAAAUGAGCUACGCGAAAUUUAUCAUCAAGCAAAAUCGGAACUCGUUGCAAUGGAGAAGAAGAAACGGCGAUUUUAUGAGAAAAAACGUAAAGGAAAUUGGAAUAUCGAUAUGAAAUAA